AUUCACAUACAGUGAAUCGUCUGAGACGGACGUGGUUACAUAUAGAUAGUGUUCGGUAAAACAGUGUGGUAGAAUAAAAUGAAAAUGCCUCUGGUGCAGCAUCAAGCCGAUUUGUCUGGCGUAGACAUAGCAGAAACUACUCAAAAUCCGCCGCCAUACAAUAACCAGAUGCAAACAGAUUUAUAUCAUGUCGUUCCCACUGUGCCGACUCAACAGUUCAUCACAGUUCAAGCGCCGCAAAUGGGCCCUAAGCCUGCACGCUAUACCUGCCCAAGCUGCAAAGCCUCCAUCACGACCAGAGUAGAAUAUGUAUCGGCGACGAAAACCCACCUGUGUGCUUUACUCCUUUGCUGUCUAUGUUGCUGGCCCUGUGCUUGCAUUCCUUACUGCGGCACAAGCUGCCGAAACGCCACACACUACUGUCCGAACUGCAGCGCGUAUAUCGGGAGCUACAUCGGUUAAUCAUCUUAAUUUUUGUACGUUUACGAUUGUUCGUGGCAGCCUACAUGGCGUUUUGUAUUCUGACUAAUCAUUGUGGCUAAAAGUUACGUAGAGUAGGUGUAAUGUGUUACUGAAUACCUACGUACUGUGCGUUCAUAAAAUUAAUAGAAUUGCGGUCAUAAUUAUUAUUGCUUUGAUUCGAAAUUUAAAUGUUUCUAAUGAAUCAUUAUUUUUCAGUCGUUGCGUAGGUACCUAUUUAAAACACAAACACAAAUGAUUUUGUUUUUGAUUUUUAUGUUCUCUUCAAUUAAUGAGCAGGUUCGUAAAAUUUGUAUUUCUUCAAAACUUUUUGUUUUUGUGCUUAACUAAUAAACCAACGUAUUAUAUGAUAUGUAGAUUGUUUGUAUGUGUUGAUUACUGGAAGACUAUAGACAUCGUAAAGUAAAUGCCGGCAUCCUUUUUCUUAUUUUUAUAUUAGUUAUGAAGUCGAAAUGUCAAUAGGAUUGUCAUAUAGAUAUAAUAUAUUACCGUUCAGACGUGAACUGAUGGAUGUUUUGCGGCAGUAAUAGGUAGGAUAUUAAUAUCUACUACUUUUCUAAUAAGAAUAGUUAAAAUACGCUUUACUCCUCGUAAAGUUAGAGAUGGGGGGCAGAAGGAACUCAGGAAGAAGAGUGUGAU